AUGAUAUUUAUACUACCGUUGCUGGUAGGCGUGACAUUUGGACAAGUGAAUAGUGCAUACGAGUACUAUGGAAGCUCAAACGUGCGAGACCAGCGACCAGAAGCUCUUUACGCACAAAGGCCGCUAGGGACAGCUGUUCGCGUACCAGGUGUACCUGUAGCAGCAGCCCCAGCUCCAGUAUAUUCUCCAGCAGUUAAGCCCAACCGGAACAUAUUACAUCCACUCCCAAUUAACUACGGAGACCAGCAACCGACUACUGUUCCAGAGCCUGCCCAACCUCCUGUAAUAGUCUUACCCUCUUCACCUCCAAAAGAGAUCUUAAUUCAACCUGAACGAGAGGUCACAGAGCCAGAACCAGCACCUGAACCCAUUCCACUGCCACCACCAGUCUACGUUCAACGUCCUGAACCUACACCAGAACCCGUUCCACUGCCACCACCAGUCUACGUUCAACGCCCUGAACCUGCACCAGAACCCGUUCCACUGCCACCACCAGUCUACGUUCAACGCCCUGAACCUGCACCAGAACCCGUUCCACUGCCACCACCAGUCUACGUUCAACGCCCUGAACCUGCACCAGAACCCGUUCCACUGCCACCACCAGUCUACGUUCAACGCCCUGAACCUGCACCAGAACCCGUUCCACUGCCACCACCAGUCUACGUUCAACGCCCUGAACCUGCACCAGAACCCGUUCCACUGCCACCACCAGUCUACGUUCAACGCCCUGAACCUGCACCAGAACCCGUUCCACUGCCACCACCAGUCUACGUUCAACGCCCUGAACCUGCACCAGAACCGAUUCCACUGCCACCACCAGUCUACGUACAACGUCCUGAACCUGUACCAGAACCCGUUCCACUACCUCCACCCGUCUACGAGCAACCCCCCGCACCAGAACCAAUUGCACUGCCAGCUGAAGAACCAAUAUCAAAACCAGCUGAAGAACCAACUGCAGUGCCGUCACCAGUUUAUGAGCAACCUCCCGCACCAGAACCUAUUGCACUUCCUCCACCAGUCUAUAUUCAGUCCCCUGCACCUACACAACCAGCUCCAGUUUAUGAACAACCCCCUACACCUGAACCAAUUCCCCUACCAGCACCAGUCUAUGAGCAACCGCCUGCACCAGAACCAGUAGUUCCAGAAAAACCCCCUGCAUCUGUACCUGAACCAAUUCCCCAGCCAGCUAUAGUCUAUGAACAACCCCCUAAACCAGAACCAGUUGAACUGCCAGCUCCAGUGUACGUUCAACCCCCUGCACCAGCAAGAGAACCAAUCCCACUACCUCCACCGGUCUAUGUUCAACCCCCGGCGCCUAAACCAAUUCUCUUACCUGCUCCAGUCUAUGAACAACCCGCUGCACCAGAACCUAUUGCACAACCAGCUCCAGUCUAUGUACAAUCUCCUGCACCUGCACCAAAGCCCCUUCCAUUACCAGAAUCGCCUGUCCCAGAGCCAGAAAAAGAAAUCGUACCUCUUUCUGAACAACAAUUAAUUCCCGAGACCCGUGUAGCAGCUUAUGUUCCUCCUGUACCUCUACCUUCAAAGUUGGAGCCUUUACCGCCACUGCUUCCUAAGCCAGACCACGUUCGGGAACUUGCUUUCGUCCGAAAUCCUGUAACCCCUUCGAUUUACUAUCCAACGCCGUCUUACAUUGUAACAACUGAGCAACCAACAGCACCGCCUACUUUACCACCAAUCACAAAUCCUCCUUCACCUGUCACGUAUCCCCCAGAACCGGUCACUUAUCCUCCAGCGCCCGUCACUUAUCCCCCUGCCCCAGUCACUUAUACCACUGCACCAGUCACUUAUCGCCCCGCACCAAUUACUUAUACCCCAGCACCCGUCACUUAUCCCCCAGCACCCGUCACUUAUCCCUCAGUACAUGUCACUUAUCCCUCAGCUCCGGUGACCUAUCCUCCCGCACCGGUUACUUAUCGCCCGAACCCUGUGACACUUCCAUCGGGAUACUUAAAACUAGACUUCCAAUGCAAAGAAGGAAAUGGUUACUACGCGGUUGCCAACGAAUGUGAUGCCUUCAUCGAGUGCAAGCAAGACAAAGCAUAUAAAUACUUGUGCCCUGAUGGUCUACACUUCAAUCCUGCAGCAAGACGUUUUGAAUACCCUUGCGCUUACCCAUCAGAAGUAAAAUGUAGCGCGGGUGCAGUGGAACAAAUUCCAAAAUCAACCGACCAAUGUCCCAAUCAGUACGGCUACUACGCUAUUAAAGACGGUGACUGCAGCAAGUACAUCAUGUGCCAAGAAGGAGCAGCUACUAUCAUGGAAUGCCCGAUGGGUCUGGUGUUCAACCCUCAAAUAAGCAGCUGUGACUGGCCCUCCAAUGUCCCACAGUGCAGCCCUGCUGUUUUCAAAGACUUCAUCUGUCCUGAACCUCCUAAAGAUGAGGAUGGAAAAGUUUCCGAUAUCAUCUACAAAUACAGAUACGGGAACCAAUGCAAACAGUACAUCGCCUGCCAGCUGGGUCAUCCUCGACUACUGAGCUGUGAAGGUGGACUCUCAUUCGAUGAAUCAUCUCAGUCGUGCAUCGAUGAAGAUUACAUCGAUCCUAACGAUGGGCUCCCCAAUAGAAUAUGCUACAAAUGCUUGUUCAAAGUUGAUAAAUGUUCAGAAUUCAAACUGCAGUGCAUCCAAAGUGAGACCAGGUUGAGGCAGAUAACUACAAGAGCUAAUGAGCUGGAUAACUCAAAUUCAUCAGAACUUAGUAACUAUAACUAUGGAUCCCACUCUCAAGAUGGUCCAAAAGCAAAACCUGAAGAUUAUAUUGUUGAAGAUAGUGUUGUGAUGGUGGUUGACCCAAGCCUCGACUAUGACUCCUCAGAGGAGUCAGAGAACAUGGAGCCAGUGGAGCCUGAGCUACAUCCUGAUUCAUCAAAUGCUGAAUAUGAUCUCCCAAGAGUACCAGAUCAUAUUUCAGGAGAGAGUAGUUUUAUGAAAGUACAGAAAAACACUUCUGCUCCUUCUAAGACUACAAGCCAGUCCCCACCAAAACAGAAAGCUGUGGCAAAUAAAAACAGACCUAAAAAUAUUAAAUGUCACCAAUGUCCAAAAAAAUUUAGCUCUUUAGAUUCUUACAAAACCCAUGUCUCUAUUGCACAUAUAGGCUCAAGGAUCUUUCAAUGCAAAAUCUGUUUCAAAAAGUUCCCUCGUAAGAGAGAAUUGGAUCGCCAUGCUGCUCUCCAUUCUGGUAUGAAACCUUUUUCUUGUAGUCAAUGUGACAAAAAGUUUACUAAAAAGGACAAACUUGAUAAGCAUGAACAAACUCAUGAAUGCCUGGUUGUGAAUAUGCCUUGCAUAGAAUGUGGUGCCACAUUUGAAAAGAAGCCUGAUCUAGUUGCGCAUAUUAAAUCUCAUUUCACAGAAAAUUUUGAUGAUAAGUUGACUGAGGCUGAAAUAAAAAAGGAAGAAGAUACAGAAUUUAAUUUGGAAGACAAUUUCUAUGAUCUUGAAACUUGA